CUUAAGGAACGAUCGGAAGAAGUUACCAAAGACCGUAAAUAAAUUCAUGGAAAAGAAAGGAAAAGCAAAAACAAAACCAAAAUAAAAUUUAAGUGCAAAAUCGAAAUAAGUGAAUUAACGAAUAAUACAAUAAUAAAAUAAAAAUACAGAAAGAAAGAAGAAAAAAAAUAAAUAAAACCGAAUCCUUUCUAAAUCGUAUCUGAUUGAUUUAUUUAAUGUAUUUAUGAUGUCCAGCUCGGAUCAGAACAACGAACCGAUUGUCAUACAACCGGCAGUUACCUCAACUACAACGCCUUCGGUAUCACAAAAUGUCUCACGUAAAGUUAGUAUAAACUCCGACAAAGGUCUGGAUAAUCCGGCAUACGAACAUCACGCGUACCACCAUUCGUCGUCACCACGUCGAAAAGUUUCCAGCAACAAUUCAGAACACUCUGAAAUUGGGCCAGUUCGACGGAAAAGUAUUUUGCACAAUGCGGGACAUGACCACCACUCGGACAAGUCCAACGGUACCAGACCACCGCAAAUUAACGUCGAAGGACCCACUGGUGAUGACAGUAAUGGGAAAUCGUGGCUUUAUUCAUUUUGCAUGCAAUGCCGCAAUAAAGAGGAUAUUCAUAGUGAUGCUUGGGAGCCACCAGGAUGGCAAAAAAUAUGUCCAUUCCCCUUUUGCCCACCGUAUCGACAAGUAGCCAGAGUAUUGUCGAUCGUAUUAAUAGGAUUUCUUCUGUGGGUGCCUUUGUAUGCAAUUGUCGGUGAAAGUGCCGCUCCCGGAGGUCAACUCUUCAGUUUAGUUGUGCUGACAGUCGCUGCUAACUUUGGUGGAUGGAUUAUCUCGCUUACGACUCUUCCUCGGCUGAUUGGAAUGCUGUUUACUGGAAUUCUAUUGCAGAAUGUCGGUUGGGUAACGAUUGACGACAUUGAACCCGUGACAGCAGAAUUGCGUCGUAUCGCAUUGACCAUUAUUUUGGUGCGUGCUGGCUUGGAAAUGGACCCUGAAGCUUUUAAAAAGAUAUACAAAACAAUUUUGAAACUUGCCAUUGUGCCUUGGAUUGUCGAGGCAGCUAUCGUAGUCGUCAUGGCUCACUAUUUACUCGGUCUUCCUUGGUUGUGGUCUUGCUUGAUGGGCACAAUCUUUGCUGCAGUUUCUCCCGCAGUUGUGGUCGCUUGCUUGUAUCGGCUUCGUAUCAAGGGAUAUGGCGUCGUUAAGGGCAUUCCAACGUUAAUUAUUGCCGUGUCGGGUAUCGAUGAUGCUCUUUCAGUCGCCGUUUUUGGUAUAUUAAGCAGUUUAAUGUUUGCCGAAGGAGGCGGUCUGGCAUUUCAAAUUUCACAGGCUCCUGUAUGCAUUUUCGGCGGCUUAGGAUUUGGCAUUCUGUGGGGCUGCCUUUCGCGGAUUGUCCCCGAAAAGGGAGACGAGUAUGUGGUACCUAUUCGAACGCUCAUGCUCUUUGGCGGUGGAUUACUUGCGAUCUACGGCAGUGAAGAACUUCAUUAUGAAGGAGCUGGACCUCUGGGAUGUGUAUUUGCGGCUUUCACAAGUUCCUAUUUCUGGUGCCGACAAGGUUGGGAUCUCGAGGAUAAUCCCGUUUCGACAGCCUUUGAAAUUUUCUGGAUGAUUUUUGAGCCAAUAUUGUUCGGUGUGACUGGUGCUACUGUCAAAAUCAGCUUGCUUGAUCCGGAAAUGGUUAAAUUUUGCUUGAUAAUCCUCUUUACUGGUGUUAUUCUCCGUAUUUUGAGCACCAUUGCUAUCUCGUUCGGCGAUAAGUUGAAUUGGAAGGAGCGUGUCUUCGUAUCAUUGUCAUGGAUGUCGAAAGCAACUGUACAGGCAGCGCUAGGACCUGUUGCCUUGCGACAAAUUCUCAAACACGAAAAUGAAGAGGAAUUUGAAAAACUGAAAUAUUACGCUGAUGCUGUUUUGGUUAUUUGUAUCUUAAGUAUCGUCGUAACUGCUCCAAUCGGAGCCAUUCUUAUCUCAAUUACGGGCACCAAGCUACUAAAGAAAACAAAGCAGCCCGUCAAUACGGAAGGUUGGCGAAGAAGUCAUCGACCAUCGUUGCACGAUAUCAGUAUUAUCGAUGAAGAGGAGGAACGUGACGAUCCAGAAUCCCCAUCGGAUAAGACUACUCGAGAUAAUACCGCAUCAAAUAGGCAUUUAACGGCUCCUUCGUUUACCAUUACUAAAUAAUGAUUUAAAUAAAAAAAAAUUAACAAGGCAAAUUAUCGGAAAAAGUUAUAAAUCAAUAUGUGUAUAAUAAGUAUCAUCGUACAGUAGCAACAGCGAUCCACAGCGCAUUGAGGAUUGAUUUCGUUUUAUUGGUGUUUCUGUGCUGAUUGUGAGGAGGCAAGCAGAUCGCAUGAUAUAUGGAAAGGAAUUUGUCUGUGUGCAAAACUUUAAAAAGAGAGCAAAGUUGGAAUUGUGGUAAAAGAAGGAAUUUGAAAAAUAUUUAACCGCUGAAUAUAGUCAAUGCAUCUCUCGUUUGAAUAAUUAUAUUCUGUUGAUUCAUGAAAAUGCAACGAGAACUUUCAUUCUAAAUAAUUAUCCACAACUAAACAUUCUUUUCCAUUCCUCUUGCUUCAUAGACGGUUUACAGUUAGAAAAAAAUAAUUUAUGAUGUACAAAUACUAAUAAUCAUUUGCUAUACAGAAUUUGCCUUUAACUUUAUAUUUUAUCAAAAGAACCAUGAUACAAGAGAUAAACGUCGUUAGAAAAGAAAAAAGUUGAUCAAGCAUAGUUCUUAAGUUUUUUUUUGUUCUGCAUUAUUUCUAUUUGAAAAAAAAAUAUAUUCAAUUUGAUAUUAUUAUAUACGAAUGUGAAAACAUAAAAUAUAAGUUACAUAAAUAGGAGGAGAAAUAUUUUAUGCCAAAAACCAUAUUUUUGUAUUUUCACACAGAAAUCAGAGUGUCGAGUCAUAUAUUUAAGAUUUUUUUUGUUGUUGUCAUCGUUUAAAUAUCGCUUAAAUUUUGGAUGUUCAAAACAGACACAAACAAAAUGCUCCAUAAAUCAUUAGAAAAACUUAUGUGUAUAUAGAAAGCAAAAUUUAUAUUUCUAUUUUUUAGAAGGAAAAAAAUAAAUGUACAGAUAAAGAAAGUAAAGACAGAAAAGCAUCAAAGAUAUUUAUCUAUAUAAAAAUAAAUAAUAAUAAUAUUGUGAAUAAAUUUAAAAAUGAAUAAAAAGUAGUGAUAUGAGAAGAAAUUGUUUCUAAAACAAAAAAUAUUAGGAAAUAAGAAUUGUUAUAUAGUGAGUAAGAAAAAGUAGCGAAAUAUAUUAUUUUUUGAUCAUUUUAAAUAUAUUAUAAAAUAAAAUAAAUAAUUGUUACAACGAAUGUU